CUACUUUCUUUUUGGUACACUGUAAUCCGCCUACAUACUUUAAAAUUAUAUAUAUAUACAUAUAUAUAUAAGUGACCAUGAGUUCCUUGUCAGGAGAUAUAAAGAGCUGGUUGCGGAUUGCUCUUAAGAAUUAUCAGGAUGCCGAGCGCACCGUCCGAGAUGUCGAUGCAGUUCUACAAAUGUACAUUUCUCUUACACCCAAGAUGGAUACCUACACUUACAACGAUGGCCACACUCAACUUUUGUUGUGUCUUCAUGGCACCAUUCCAAUCACUUAUCGCUCUAUUCCAUACAAUAUCCCGGUUGCUUUCUGGAUCCCAAGCGAGUAUCCAAUAUUUCCUCCUAUUCCAUACGUCAAACCGACUGCAAACAUGCUUGUACGCGAAGGCAAGCAUGUAGAUAAAAGUGGAUUAUGUUAUCACUCGUAUCGUUCUUUAUGGAAAAACGAUGUCAAUAACCAUACUCUAUUAGAAUUGAUUGCAAUACUUCAAGGAGUAUUUGGGCAAGAACCCCCAGUGUUUACCAAACCACCAUCCAACCCUUUGCUCAGCACACCGCCACAAUUAGGAUCGCCACAAAAACAAGACACGGUUCCUGACAGAAAUAUGUUCAUCCGGCCAUCCCCUAGUCCUUCCACCCCAACUAACAUGGCUCUUUCUCCACCACAUAUUCCUCCGUCAGCCAACACGUCUUUGUCUAGGUGGGCAGGCGAUGGUACAGCUUAUUACAAUAUACAAAAGGGUCUCGCUUCUAUGUCCUUGAGUCCUUCAGACUACACUAAUCACACAACAUUGCCUGUACCAAAUCCAGCUCCAUUAUCUUCAUCAUCAACACCAACAGCAGCAACAGCAUCUCCAGCAGUAGCAGCAGUAUCAGUAGCACCAGGAGUAGGAGUAGGAGGAAGUGGAGUUGUAGGUGUAGUACCAUCACCUGUAGCUGGACAAAUUGGUCCAUCUCUUACAGACCUUGGUGACCUUCAAGAUCGACUCUAUCGUAAAGUAGCUGAGCGCAUGGAGCAAUUUAAUCAGGUUAUAUCAAGAGAUAUUGAUAGUUUAUUGAUGACAAAUCGCCAAUUGAAUGAUGGCGAUAUCCAGAUCGAGCAUGAACAGCGCAUGCUUCUUGAUAUACGUGAACGUCUCAAGAACAAUAUACGGGUUAUUUCAACAAAAACAGUUGAAUUGGAUGAAGCAAUCUCUACAGCUAAUACAAUGCCUGAUGUAUCUAUGGAUGAGUCCAUCUACGGCACAACUGUUGUUUACAACCAGAUGUUUGAUCUGGUAGCAGACGAUAAUGCGGUUGUAGACACAAUUUAUUACUUGAGCAAAGCAUUGAAUUCGGAAUGUAUUGACCUUGCGACAUUUAUGAAGUGUACACGAUCCCUGGCAAGAGAACAGUUUAUGAAACGUGCACUCCUAAAGAAGAUCACAGAAGCUUAAAAUAAAACACAGAACACAAAAUACGAUUGAAAUAAAAUAAAGCAAAAGUUCAACGUAUAAAAAUAAAAAUAAAAAUUAACAAU